UCGUACGGACAUUGGCGAACCAGUGGUUUAUAUCAGUAUUAGGAUAGUGACGCUCAAUCUUAGAUAGAACAAUGGAAGUUGGUGUACCUCCUUAGAUAGACAGACUCUGACUUUAUUUAUAAAAUCAUGUGGCUCAGAAUUCAAUCGGUUUUUAUACUGUGCAUUAUUGUGAAUCACCAAAUUGUAGCAGAUUUGUUUUAUUACGCACCGCGGAUAGAGUUGGCGGAAUCGAGAUUCGAUCAGAACUUGUCACAUUAUGAGCUUGCAAAUUGUUCCCAAUACAGCAUUGCCUAUGGAUCGACGUGUAGUUGCCACAAUUGCGAGGGAAACGAACGUUGUAGAAUUUGUUGUGACUCGCCGGGAUUUACAUGUUGCUAUUGCGACAAGUGUUCCACAACGUGUUGGAACAACGAAUGGCGAUUGGUAUCGUUCGCACAAGUCGGAUUUUCAACCGCAUUGUUGGUCGCUAUAGUCGUAACGAUUGCGUUAUUUUUAAGAAUCUGCAGCAGUUCAAGUGGAUUGCGGUUUUGGCGCUCACAAAAUAGCGCGGAUCCUCUGAUAAGGAAUUCAGUGAGCAGAAUCAGCGUGUCUUCGAUCCAGCAAUACAUAAUCGACAGACUUCAAGAUAGGCCGCCGCGAUACGGUGACUUAUCGGACGCACCACCGGAGUACGACACGGACCCGCGGUCCAACAGGAUGGCUACUACAGAAGCUCCUCCCAAAUACACUAGACGACCGGGACAAGCGGAACGCACGCAAAUUUCAACCCUCAAUUCGGAUGUUCCAACGCAAUUGGAUGCGACCGUCACAACCCUGUCGGUAACCCCGGUUCAUCACAUGUAACAAUUAGCAAAUGGUUUACAUGGAAUCGAGCAAUAGACUGUUUUUACGGUACAGUAAUGAAUUUAUGACAAUAAGUGUUACGCGGCAAGGUAUUCGCCUUGUCCCGUUUCUCCGUUGACGCCAGAUAUAUUUAAGAUAUCUACUUUGAUAAUCGGAAAACUAGAAAUUAUGCGUAGGUAUUCUUAAUAUGAAGUUAACUGAGAAUGAUUGGAAUUAGUACGUAAGAAAUAUUACUUGUAACGUAAAUUCUCAAUGUCCAUAAUUGAAAAGCGGAAUUUCAUAUUGUAUAAAAGUUGUGAGGCUGUUGGAUAUAUAUGCGAUUGUUGGAGAUUGCCGAUAAACGCUAAUGUAGGCUCAUAAAUAAAAAAUCAGCAAUGUCACCAGCGAUGUUACGCGUUCUUCGCAAUAAAAACCGAUAAUAAUGAUAAAAAUAUUGGGAAUAAUGAUGGGAAUAAUCAUAAAAAUCAUAAUGGGGAGACAAAUUAUAGUAAUAACAACAACAAUUGGGUAGCGGAAAUUAUUCAAAGCUCUCAAAAUUAUAUAAUGAAAAUGUAGUUUAUUUGAUGUGGUGCAAUGACUUAAAAUAAAUUGAAAAAUGAACGUUUGUAUGAGCUGGGAUUGAUGGUCAGCAAUGCGCACGAAAAACUGCUGCUAGACUACGGCCUCUCGUAACGAAAAUUUUCAAUUUUAAAUGCAGCAUAUAAUGGAAAUAUAGCGGUAGGCGAUUGUGUAGCAGUAGUUAGUGACCCGUUUAUGCUGAUUUUGAUGAUGAGGUAACACUUGUCUUACUUGUACUUAUUUUAUCAAAUUAUCCAGUCAUACACUCAUAUAUUCUUGCUGAAAAUUGUUUGCCA